GGGUUCGUGUCGCUCCCGGAGGUGAAAGGGAGAGGCGCCCCCACGCAGCAACGUCUCUUCCCCACUCCUGCGGCCGGCGGCGGAGACGAGGGGACGGCGCUGAAGCCCCAAGAGAUUUAGUUUUUGCACUGAAUGUAGACUGGACUGAUCCUCCAGGGCUUUGGUUGCCCUAGGAUACCGUCAAAGGAAGGACUUGUGUAUUUCUGCAGAUUUUUGCACAGAUUCUGUUCUCAUGCAAACCGAUGAGGGAGAAAUAUUGGAGGAAAGCAGUUCCAAGAUGGAACAUGAGGAUUUUGUAAUGGAAGGGCAUGGCAAGACUCCACCUCCUGGUGAAGAAAACAAACAAGAGAAGGAGCAAGAAAGGGAAGAACAGUUAAUGGAAGACAAGAAAAGGAAGAAAGAGGAUAAAAAGAAGAAAGAAGCUGCUCAGAAGGUCACGGAACAAAAAACCAAAGUGCCCGAAGUGACGAAACCAAGUUUAAGCCAACCCCCGGCCGCCAGCCCCAUUGGCAGCGCUCCAUCGCCACCAGUCAAUGGUGGCAACAAUGCCAAAAGGGUGGCAGUGCCGAACGGACAACCGCCAAGCACCGCCCGCUACAUGCCUCGGGAGGUGCCGCCGCGAUUCCGUUGCCAGCAGGACCACAAAGUGUUACUAAAACGUGGGCAGCCUCCUCCGCCGUCCUGUAUGCUCCUCGGGGGCGGGGCAGGGCCUCCUCCCUCCACAGCACCUGGAGCAAGUCCAGGCAACGCACAACAGGUGACAGGAACACUGCUGCAGAGCGAGAGCGGGACUGCAUCAGUCUGGAGCAAAAGCACACCACCUGCUCCAGAUAAUGGUACAUCGGCGUGGGGUGAGCCGAACGAAACCAGUCCUGGAUGGGGUGAGAUGGACGAUCCAGGAGCUGCAACCACAGGCUGGGGAACUGCACCCUCUAAUGCUCCAAAUGCCAUGAAACCUAAUUCCAAAUCUAUGCAAGAUGGCUGGGGGGAGAAUGAUGGGCCGGUCACGGGGACCCGCCAUUCCAGCUGGGAAGAGGAAGAAGAUGGAGGAGUCUGGAACACCGCGGGCUCUCAGGGAAGCGGUUCCUCGCACAACUCGACCAACUGGGGCCAGGGAGGAAAGAAACAACUGAAGUGCUCACUGAAAGGAGGAAACAACGAUUCAUGGAUGAACCCUUUAUCCAAGCAGUUUUCAAAUAUGGGAUUGCUCAGUCAACCUGAGGACAAUCCGGGCAGUAAAAUGGAUUUGUCUGUCGGAAGCCUACCCGAUAAGAAAUUUGAUGUGGAUAAGCGAGCCAUGAAUCUCGGGGAUUUUAACGACAUAAUGAGAAAGGAUCGAUCUGUGUUCCGUCCACCCAAUUCCAAAGACAUGGGAACCACGGACAGUGGGCCUUAUUUUGAGAAGGGUGGCAAUCAUGGUUUGUUUGGAAAUAGCACAGCACAAUCAAGGGGUAUGCACACACCCGUGCAACCACUGAACUCCUCCCCUAAUCUCCGGGCACAAGUGCCUCCCCAAUUUCUCUCUCCCCAGGUUUCUGCCUCCAUGCUGAAGCAGUUUCCCAACAGUGGCCUGAAUCCAGGUCUUUUCAACAUGGGGCCCCAGUUGUCUCCUCAACAAAUUGCCAUGCUGAGCCAGCUUCCACAGAUCCCCCAGUUUCAAUUGGCUUGUCAGCUUCUCCUUCAGCAGCAGCAACAGCAGCAGCUGCUACAGAACCAGAGGAAGAUUUCUCAAGCUGUCCGCCAGCAGCAGGAGCAACAGCUUGCUCGAAUGGUGAGUGCCCUCCAGCAGCAGCAGCAGAGGCAGCCUAGUAUGAAGCACUCACCGUCCCACCCCGUUGGGCCCAAGCCCCACUUGGACAAUAUGGUACCCAACGCUUUGAAUGUGGGGCUCUCAGACCUACAAACCAAAGGGCAAAUACCUGGAUACGGUUCUGGCUUUGGCUCAAGUGGCAUGGAUUAUGGCAUGGUUGGAGGGAAGGAAGGUGGAACAGAGUCUCGCUUUAAGCAGUGGACGUCUAUGAUGGAGGGGCUACCCUCUGUAGCUCCACAAGAUGCCAAUAUGCACAAAAAUGGCGCCAUAGUGCCCCCCGGGAAGACCCGAGGAGGAUCGCCGUACAACCAGUUUGACAUCAUCCCGGGUGACACGUUGGGCAGCCAUACGGGUUCCGCUGGUGAUAGCUGGUUACCUGCCAAAUCUCCACCAACAACCAAGAUUGGAAGUAAAUCCAGUAAUGCCAGUUGGCCUCCAGAAUUUCAACCAGGAGUGCCGUGGAAAGGUAUCCAAAACAUUGACCCCGAAUCUGACCCCUACGUGACUCCUGGAAGUGUGCUGGGAGCAACAGCCCCCUCUCCCAUUGUAGAUACUGACCACCAACUUCUGCGGGACAACACCACAGGGUCUACUUCUUCCCUCAACACCUCGCUGCCUUCACCUGGUGCCUGGCCCUACAGUGCCUCUGACAACUCCUUUACCAACGUUCAUAGCACUUCAGCAAAGUUCAAUGAUUACAAAUCAACAUGGUCCCCUGAUCCCAUAGGACACAACCCCACUCAUCUCUCCAACAAGAUGUGGAAAAACCAUAUUUCCUCAAGGAACACUACAGGGCUGCCCCGCCCACCUCCCGGUCUGACCAACCCCAAAUCAUCAUCUCCCUGGAGCAGCACAGCACCCCGAUCAGUCAGGGGGUGGGGGGCACAGGACUCAAGGCUUGCCUCGGCCUCUGCCUGGAGCGAUGGUGGUUCAGUUCGUCCUAGUUACUGGCUGGUUCUUCACAAUCUCACUCCACAGAUUGACGGGUCGACUCUGCGCACGAUCUGCAUGCAGCAUGGUCCGCUGCUGACAUUCCACCUGAACCUAACCCAGGGCACCGCCCUGAUCCGAUACAGCACCAAACAGGAGGCGGCCAAGGCCCAAACUGCACUGCACAUGUGUGUGUUGGGAAACACUACCAUCCUGGCUGAGUUUGCCACCGACGAGGAAGUGAGCCGCUUCCUGGCCCAGGCUCAGCCCCCUACACCCGCAGCGACCCCGAGUGCACCCGCGGCAGGCUGGCAAUCGCUGGAGACAGGCCAGAACCAGAACGACCCGGUGGGACCCGCUCUGAAUCUCUUUGGGGGGUCAACGGGGCUCGGGCAGUGGAGCAGCAGUGGUGGCGGUAGCAGCGGGGGCGACCUGUCCGGCGCUUCACUGUGGGGGCCCCCAAACUACUCUUCUAGCUUGUGGGGUGUCCCGAGUGUGGAAGAUCCCCAUAGGAUGGGCAGCCCCGCUCCUUUACUACCUGGUGACCUUCUGGGAGGAGGGUCGGAUUCAAUCUGAACUUAGAACUUUCAACUCUGACCUCGUGACCUUUUUUUGGAACAGCAGCAGCACUAACUUGACCUUUUCGUUUUUUUUUUCAACUUGCAAUAAAUACAUUUUUAAAAGGAAAAAAGAAAACGGAGAGAGGAAAAAAAAAAAAAAAAAGGUGGGUCAUUGACAGACUGUCUGAGCACAUAGUUGCCUCCCUUAUAACUUCAGUUUUUUCGUUUGGAAUAUGAAUCCAAAAAGAGAACAUAUCACUCUUGAAAUACUUGAAUCAUGAACGCCAACCUAGAAAGACAAUGUGAAGCAAGUACACAUACCAUUUAAAUUUAAACACAAAAGAUUAAAAAAAAAUUAGUUUCUAGUUUUUCACUUUUUCAUGUUAUA